CUAAAUUCGGUUCAAAUACAUGCUAUGUUGACAUGUAUUUGUUAUACAUUAUUUAAUUAUUUUUAAUUAAAUGUUUAAAUUACAAUGUAGAUAAGCGAUUGUGUCAUACAUUCCACACUAAUUUACGUGCCGUGGUUUUCAAUUGGUCCGCUACCUGAAUGUAUCUAACAAUGAAUACCGACUGCGAAAAGGAGGAGGCCCUAAAUUUGCAAAAGGAGUUCGAAUGGGUCCUCCACAAGGAAGUUCACACGGCUCUAAAACAGAUCCAUCAAAUCCUGGUGGAGUGCGCGAGACGAUUUCCGGUGCAGCUAUACGGUAAUGAUAACUCGAUUAAGCAAGACAAAUUUGUACUUUCCGUUCCGCCGGAUCAGCUGAAGUGUUUUAUUACGUUGACCGGCGACAGUAUUUCUUACGCUGAUAUUACGUUUAAGUUGCAAAGACAGCCCACGACGAUGGUGCGUACCAGUAUUGUAAGCGACAACCCGUGGAAAUUGCAGCAGAUUCAGGAUGCAGCCAACCACCUGCAGCAGGCAAUUUAUCACAUAGACGACGUAGGGAAAAACUACAAGUUUAAGUCGUCGGACGAAGUGUUGCAUAUUUUAGGAAAUAUUUUAGGCAGUCUACAAAGAGGCCGUACCAGUCUAAUUGUCCCGCGAAAGCGGACGAUGGACGAUUUAAUUAAAAGCAGGAACAUGAAGUCCCUAUCGCCUAAUUUACCCGAGGACAUAGUCAUAAGCUUCUAUUUACAAAGUCACAAGUUAAUUGUGGCGCUGUACCAAAUUAGUAAUAACCACGGCAUGAUGAAAAUUGACUCUAGUUUGGCCGAGUGCUCGGUCCCAUGGUUAAAUGAGGUGCUCGUACUGUUCACUGUCGGUUUGCAGUUGUGCCAGCAAUUAAAAGAUAAAAUUUGUGUCUUUUCACAAUACAAAGAUUUUACAGUGAGGUCUCGUCCGUCAAGCCCGGCAUCGUCAUAAGUUUGACUACGUAGGAAGAAGAUAGACAGUAUAGAUAAAGGCGAUCUAAUUAAUGCAUGCCUUAACCAAAUUUACAUUAUACUAUAUUAUUCUUAAUUGUAUUAAUUGUAUGUAGAAAUUAUUAAUGCGUGAAAUAAGAAUCAAUUUUUGACGGA